AUGAAGCGAGAGAUUGGGACGAAGCAGUUGGUCUCGCGUCUCCAUCCUCAGAUGGAUAUCAGCAUCAGGCGGUUCUUGGGAAAUGUGCUGGCAGCCCCAGAACAGCUCAGAGACCAUAUCAGGAGAGAUGUGGUCGGAUUCAUGCUUAAUUUUGCAUAUGGGUACAACAUGGCGCCUCACGGGGAGGAUGCCUUCUACGAACUCACACAGAAAGCAGUGUCGCAGUUUGGGCAGAUAUUCUCGGAUAUGAACUGGGCUGUGAACCAUGUUCCUGCACUGCAAUAUCUUCCUGCUUGGUUUCCGGGUGCCCAGUUCGUAAGGAAAGCAGCAGAGUUCAGGCGGUGCACCAGGGAGUUUACAGAGCUGCCCCCUAAAUUUGUCAAAUACAAGAUGGCCCAAGAGAACUUCCAGCCGUCUAUGCUUUCCCGGAUGCUGCAAGAAGAUGCCCCUGAACCCGAUUCUGAGCAAGAAACAGCAAUGCUCUGGUCCACCAUCGAAGUCUAUCUCGGGGGUGCCGAAACAAACGCAUCUGGAAUGAUGAGUUUCAUCAUCGCAAUGGCUCUAUAUCCAGAGGUACAACGAAAAGCCCAAGAAGAGCUCGAUCGCAUCGUCGGACAUGCAACACUCCCAGGGUUCGAGCACCGCGCGAGUCUCCCUUAUAUCAAUGCCAUCGUGAAGGAGACACUCCGGUGGCGCCCUCCAUCUCCAGUCGCUACUCCCCACGUGGCUGGCGCAGACCUUAUAUGGAACGGAUAUUCGAUCCCGAAGGGUUCGUACCUGGUCGCGAAUAUCGGGACCUUCACCCGUGAUCCUGCUAUCUAUACACAACCCAUGACCUUCAGGCCAGAGCGGUUCCUCGAAGAAGAUAACCACACUCCGGAGGUCGACCCCAAGAAAUACGUAUUCGGAUUCGGGCGUCGUCUAUGUCCUGGACGGUUCCUGGCAGAUGACCGGCUGUUUUUGUUUGCAGCGCGGUUCCUGGCUUGUUUUAAUACUGCGCCUAGGGGGUCUGGUCCUGGUUCUGCUGAGCCCAAGUGGCUACCGGGUAUCAUCACUCAUCCAGAGCCGUUUGAUAUGAAGAUUGAGCCUCGUAGCCUUGAGCAUGGGGGGCUUAUCCGCAGUUCUGGAAUGGAAAUGGAAUCUUGGGGUGUAAAUGAUGCGGAGGACUUUGCGAAGAUGACUCUCUAA